AUGUGUCAUCCAAAUUUGAAUGUACUUGAUAUAUAUAAUUUACCAUCAAUCAAGCAUCCGCAAAUUUUUCUAGAUCUUUAUUACUUAUACAGUUUUUUAUGUGCCUUGUAAUUAUUCGACAAAAUGUUUAAUUUUCGACGAAAUUUAGAGUCAACAUUUUCAAAAAUUAUACCGAAAAAACCAUUUAAGAUUGGUGUAAGAUUUAUUUUACGAGAACCACUGCAACCCUUGAAUCGAUGUCCAAAAUGGGUUUGCGUAGAAGACGCGGUAAAAAUUAUAAAUUCAGAACAUUUAGUUUUUAUACAAGGAGGAGCAGCAACACCUAAUGAAUUAAUACGUGCUUUGACUGAACAUGGUGUUUGUAACAACUUACGUGGAGUUCGUUUACUUCAUAUGGGCCUUGAAGGAGAUGCGCCGUUUGCAAGUCCUGAGUUUGAAAAAAAUUUCAGAUCUAUAAGUUUUUAUAUUGGAGCUAAUCUCAGAGAUGCUGUCAAUGAUGGAAGAGCGGAUUACAUUCCAAUAUUUCUCCACGAAGUACCCAAACUUUUUUAUGAAAAAAGAAUCGUUCCUGACGUCGCCUUAAUUCAUGUCAGCACACCAGAUGCUAGAGGUUUCUGUUCUCUAGGUGUAAGCGUGGACUGCACGCGUGCUGCUCUUACUACAGCUAAAGUUAUCGUUGCUCAAGUGAAUGAACACAUGCCAAGAUCAUUUGGAGAAUCAGUUAUCCAUUCUAGCCAUAUCGAUUGGGCAGUCAAAUACAAUUGUCCUUUACCAUGUGUAGCCAGUACUGAACCCAAUGAAAUUGAGCAAGAAAUUGGAAAGCUUAUAGCAACAAGACUGGUAGAAGAUGGAGCAACUUUACAGCUUGGUAUUGGCAAUAUUCCUGAUGCUGUCCUCUGCAAUCUUGGUAAUCAUAAAGAUCUUGGUGUACACUCGGAAAUUCUUGGAGACACGAUGGUAGAUCUGGCAGAACGAGGAAAUAUUUCAAAUAGAAUGAAAACAAAGCACAGAGGACGUAUGGUCUCUUCUUUAGCGAUUGGAACCAAAAGGGUGUAUGACUUUUUACAUAAUAAUCCUUUUGUAGAAAUGCUCACCAUCAAUUAUGUGAAUGACCCUCGUGUAAUAUCGCAACAACCAAGAAUGACAGCUAUUAAUUCAUGUAUAGAAAUGGAUAUUACGGGUCAAAUAUGUUCUGACAGCUUAGGCUGUAAACUGUAUUCCGGUUUUGGUGGUCAACUUGAUUUCACUCGAGGUGCUGCGCUGGGUUCAGAUGGUCGAGGAAAAGCUAUUAUUGCAUUUCCUUCGGUCACGAGUAAGGGAGAAAGUAAAAUUCAGCCCGUAAUUAGACUUGGUGGUGGCAUUGUGGUAACAAGAGCACAUGCACAUUAUAUAGUUACUGAACACGGAAUAGCACAACUUUUUGGUAAAACAUUACGACAAAGAGUAAACGCAUUGAUUCAAAUUGCCCACCCUGAUCAUAGAGAAUGCCUUGAAAAAGCUGCGUUCGAAAGACUUAAAACUACUCCAACAAAAUAUUUAUAAUUCGCGGAUCAAAAUUUUAUUACGUUGAAGUCUUAAGUCUCAAUAAUUUGAACUUUGUUUUUUAAUUGAAAUAUAAAAUUUGUACGUUAUUUUUAAAUAUUUAAUG